AACGUUUCCACCACUGCUCCGAGGGCAACAAUCCCAGUGGACUUGAAAUUCCUGGAGAAUUGGUUUUGUGAGAAGCUGGAAAUCAUUUCUUUAAUUCCAUCUCUUAGUUUUCCAUAGGGACGUCAGGAAACCAUGAACAGCUUUAACAAUGAAGAGUUUGACUGCCACUUCCUUGAUGAAGGCUUUACUGCCAAGGAUAUUCUGGACCAAAAAAUUAAUGAAGUUUCUUGUUCUGACGAUAAGGAUGCCUUCUAUGUGGCAGACCUUGGAGAUAUUUUGAAGAAACAUCUGAGGUGGUUGAAAGCUCUGCCCCGUGUCACCCCUUUUUAUGCAGUCAAAUGUAACGAUAGCAGAGCCAUAGUGAAGACCCUCGCUGCCAUCGGGACUGGGUUCGACUGUGCUAGCAAGACGGAAAUACAGUUGGUGCAAAGUCUUGGAGUGCCCCCUGAGAGGAUUAUCUAUGCAAAUCCUUGCAAGCAGGUGUCUCAGAUUAAAUACGCAGCCAACAGUGGAGUCCAGAUGAUGACCUUUGAUAGUGAGGUGGAGCUGAUGAAAGUCGCCAGAGCACAUCCAAAGGCAAAGUUGGUUUUACGGAUCGCCACAGAUGAUUCCAAAGCAGUCUGUCGCCUCAGUGUUAAAUUUGGUGCCACGCUUAAAACCAGCAGGCUUCUAUUGGAACGGGCAAAAGAGCUCAAUAUUGAUGUCAUCGGUGUCAGCUUCCAUGUGGGCAGUGGCUGUACAGACCCUGAGACCUUCGUUCAGGCGGUCUCUGAUGCCCGCUGUGUCUUUGACAUGGGCGCUGAAGUUGGAUUCAAUAUGUAUCUGCUUGAUAUCGGUGGUGGCUUUCCUGGAUCCGAGGACGUGAAGCUUAAAUUUGAAGAGAUCACCAGUGUGAUCAACCCAGCACUGGACAAGUACUUUCCAUCAGACUCUGGGGUGAGAAUUAUAGCUGAGCCAGGCAGAUACUACGUCGCAUCAGCUUUCACGCUUGCAGUUAAUAUCAUUGCCAAAAAAAUCGUAUUAAAGGAGCAGACGGGCUCUGAUGAUGAAGAUGAGUCAAGCGAACAAACCUUUAUGUAUUAUGUGAAUGAUGGAGUGUACGGAUCCUUUAAUUGCAUCCUCUAUGAUCAUGCACAUGUGAAGCCCCUUCUGCAAAAGAGACCCAAGCCAGAUGAGAAGUAUUACCCAUCCAGCAUAUGGGGACCUACCUGUGAUGGGCUUGAUCGGAUCGUUGAGCGCUGUGACCUACCUGAAAUGCAUGUGGGCGAUUGGAUGCUCUUUGAAAACAUGGGCGCUUACACUGUUGCUGCUGCUUCUACUUUCAAUGGGUUCCAGAGGCCCACCAUCUACUAUGUGAUGUCAGGACCGACGUGGCAACUCAUGCAGCAAAUCCAGAACCACGACUUGCCACCCGGAGUGGAGGAGCAGGAUGUCGGCACUCUGCCUGUGUCCUGUGCCCGGGAAAGCGGGAUGAAGCGCCACCCAGCACCCUGCGCCUCAGCCAGUAUUAACGUGUAGAUACCGUCCUGUAGAUGUUACUGCGUGUAGCUUGAAUUAAGGGAUCUGGGGGGACCAUUUAACUUAAUUACCGCUAGUUUGGAAGUGUCUUUGUCGGAGUAGGGUUGGCACAGAUGCAGCAACAUGGAAGGCUAGGAGACUGGGUCACUUCUCUGUUCCUAUGGAAACUAUUUGAAUACAUGUUUUAUAUGGAUUUUUAUUCACUUUUCAAACAUGCUACUAAAGAGUGCCCCCCAGUUGCCAAGCAAGCAUUUGUAGCUUGCACGGGGCAGAAGGGGCCAAAAGCUUAGUGUCGUGACCCGUUUUAAAAUAAAGUAUCUUGAAAUAAUUAGA